AUGGCGUUCCUGCAGGAAGAAGACGACGCGAGAGUUUUCGAAGCGGCGCUGGGCUUUGUAGACGAAUGCUCACUCGACUGCCCUGGUCUCAGUGCGGAGAUUUCGGCUCCCUCAACAGCUCAAACGUUGGAGCUGCCAUUCAAACGCGAGCAGUGUCGCGGGGUGUUAAUCGGGGGGCCGUCAUUCACCAUCGACUGUCGAGAAGCGGCAACGAUGGUGCCGUUUAACAUGAAAAACCUUGUCGACGGGGCAAUCGCUUCCGGUUUUCGGUUAAGUUUACCGUCAAGUGAUGAAACCAUGACUCGACCUAAGGCUUCAAAGACCAAGAAGGUCCCAGCCAACCCGAACCGAGUUCGAGACGAGGCUCAAUAUGAAUUGGCUUUCCUUCGUGAGAAGGUGGUGGAGCUGGAACUGCAAUUAAAAAAUCUGCAGCUGAAUACAAAAUCAAAUGGGGAAUUUAGUGUGAAGGCGUCGGUACCGAGAGAGUUAAUGCAAGUGCCGCGAGUCUGGAAAGAGAUGGCUGUUCGACAGAGACGACGACGAGAACAAGUACAGCGCGAAAAUGUGCGCUUGAGGCUUAUUGUUGAGCGGAAACGAAAGAUGGCGACGGGGCUGAGUGCGCUAUUGCGAAAACGACUUACACAGCAGGGAGCGGAAUGCUGGCGUGGAAAAGGAUCAAAUAUCACUGAAGACCGCACAGCGUGCGUGCUGGACUUUCAAGGUGAUAUUGGGGACUUCCACGAUCUUUUCCAGCACCUUCAAAUCGCAUGCCACGAAAUCGACGCUGUGUUUGCUGCUAGCGGUCUCUCAUCGAUGGAGUUCCCUACUAAUGAUGUUCAUGUCAGAGAAGGCGUUGACGUCAAGUACAUCGAAGUUUUUGCCAAUAAGUUGCUACCUUUCAGCCUGCACAAAUGUGGAGAGGCGGCGUGGGACCAUUUUAAAGGAGUUGAAAAGCACUUUGGCAACGGUGGCCUGUAUGAGAAGGCAGCAAAGAAUCUAGAUCAGCCUUAUACCAUAAUCGAAGACUUUACCAAAGAAAUGUUCUCAAACAAUUCGCGAGCGGAUGUGAAGGCCAAACAGAUCGUGCAGCGUAUCGUGGAUCCAGAUCGAGACAUGAUCCUUUUCGUUUCAAGCGUGGCACCUAUCGAAAUCAAGCACAAACCGAUUGACGGCCUAGUCUACCAUGCGCGAGAGUACGCUCUAACCAAGCGCUUUUCAGAGUCCACGCCCGAGCACGAGUUAUCGCUAUUACAGCUCUAUGUGCGGAUUUCCUUCGACUAUGAUCCUGGUGUCGUGUUCGACUCCCGCCAUGUUCGCUCGGUCGCCCAGUUUGUGAUUGGCAACGUUGUCGGUAGUCUUCGUUGCUAUCAAGAACGUAUUGAAAAUGCUUUGAUCGAUCAAGCAUUGAGACGAUUGUAA